CCUUAUCCUAUAAUAACUCAUCUAGUUUUGCAUAAAGUUUGCGUUAAGCACGGCAGAUUUAAAUAAACGGCUUGCAAAAUUUUGCAAAUUUUAAGGUUGUCUAUUUUCUUAAUGGGACCAGCUUUGUUAACAGUACUGAGUGUAAAACAGUGUAAAAAGUAUGAAGAGGGUGAUUUUACAUUAAAAUUUCGAUAUCACAUGUACAACAAAACUAUACAACUUUUUGAUGCCAAUAUAUCAAUCCCUUUUGAUAUAGACGAAUCACUGAAGGGAAGCGCGAAAUGUUCCCGACUGGACAAAAACAAAGCGUUUUUGCAUUGGAAGAAAAAGAUUUGUGUCAUACUCUACCGAAAUAUGUUGGUGAUUUUUUUUAUGAUAUGGAAAAGAAAGCUAAAAUGCCAGUAGGCAUCUGUCCUAUAAAAAGGGGUAACUAUACAGUUGAAAAUGCCUUUAUAGACUUGGAAAAAUUCAAGAUAAAAAUGUUUCUCGAAGGUAGCUUUUACGCAAAAUUGGAAUUUUCGAAAGGACCUAGAACCCUUGGUUGCAUGGAGGAUGAAUUCAAGCUAUCACCAAAGUAAGCGGUGAGACAAUAAAACACAAGUCAGGAUGAGAAUCAAGCACACAUUUUUACCUUAUAUUCACAAUAUAAUAAAGUUUUCCUUUUGAC